UGAGAUAACAGUCAUUUCAUUUUCUUUAUACGGUCACAACAUUUUCGUCUAAUAUAUUUUACUUUAUAUAAGAGAACGAAAAAGCUUCGAGAGAAAGAGAAAAUCACAAGACAAUCUGCUGCCAUGGCUUCAAAGCUCGUGAUAAUCAUUGUGUUCAUUCUAGAUCUCAUCGCUGUCGGAUUAGCAAUUGCCGCCGAGCAGAGAAGAAGCGUCGGUAAAGUUGUACCAGACAAGGAGAAGGUGUAUGAAUACUGUGAGUAUGGCUCAGACAUAGCUACAAGCUAUGGAGCUGGCGCUUUUGUGCUUCUCUUGACUAGCCAAGUCAUUAUCAUGGUGGCUAGCAGAUGCUUCUGCUGCGGGAAGGCUCUUAACCCUGGUGGUUCAAGAGCUUGUGCCAUCAUGCUCUUCCUUAUCUGCUGGGUGUUCUUCUUGAUUGCUGAGAUAUGUUUGCUGGCUGCAUCCAUCAGAAACGCGUACCACACCAAGUACAGGAAGAUGUGGAACAUCGACAACCCUCCCAGCUGUGAAGUGAUCCGUAAAGGAGUGUUUGCAGCUGGUGCUUCGUUCGCGCUCUUCACUGCCAUCGUCUCUCAGUUCUACUACGUCUGCUACUCUCGUGCUCGUGAUGAUUACAAGAACCCUCCUUACUAAACGAGAUUUUCACACCCCAUUCACUGAUUCAAUAGGAUUUUCAAGAUUUGAUGGUGUUUUCCUUUAUUAAGCUUUUGGUUUUGUGUUUGAUGUAUAAAUACUUAUAUAACAUUAGACAUCUAUUCUACAUUAAGUAUCUAAGUUUGUUGUUACA